AUGCAAACCAAUUUAAUUAAUAUAUGUGUUUUAGGAGAAAAAGAAGUUGGCAAAACCGUCUAUUCAAAAACCCUUUGCAAUAAAGAAUUUAAAAGCAACACUAAAAUACAACCCACAAUAACUGAUACAUAUUAUUCAUUAUGUCAAAACUAUAAAAAAAAAAUAUUUAAAAUCAAUUUUAUAGAUACUGUUGGUUCUGAUUUUGUAUAUGAAGAUACUAUUUCAAAAUGCACUGCAUUUAUAAUUAUGUUUUCAUAUAAUAAUAUAGAAUCAUUUAAUAAUAUACCAAUGUAUUUAAGAAUGAUUAAAAGAACCAAUAAAAUAGAUUGUCCAAUUAUAAUAGUAGGAAAUAAAUAUAAUUUUUCAGGACCAGAGCUUCCAUUCAAAAUAAAAGAUUUAAAAUCAAAUGGAUUCCCAUAUAUAUGUAUUGACUCUUUCAGUGACUAUAAACAAGUUUAUGAAUCAUUUGAAUUAUUAUUAAAAUCUUGGGAAAAGAAAUAUGAAAUUAAGGAACCAGUCAGCAUUCAAAUUUAUCAAUCUAUUAAUCAAUCUAAAAACAAAUUUACAUCUUUUUUAAAAAAAUAUAUAAUUUAA